UAUUUGUAUGUCCUGGUAAAGGCGUCUUUUGCCCCGUUCUCAUAUACUUACCACAAGCAAGCUUGUGCGAACAAUCCGCCACCUUACGCCAUGGGCCUCCUGUAUCUCGGAACACCUCUAACUUGGGAUGAAACGAAGCAGUACGCAGACCAUGUUCGGGAACAUGGCAUCACCCAGUUUCUCCAUACCUGGAAUCGGGUUAAGGACAGAUGCGGCGAUGAGUUGCUAUGGGGGGACGAGGUGGAAUACAUGGUCGUUACCUUUGACGAUGAGGAGAAGAACGCAAAGCUCUCCCUCCGCCAAACGGAGAUCCUCACAAAGCUUAGUAAGGUUGUAGGCGACCUCACUGACGACGAUACGCCUGCCCUCAUGACUGUUCCGACUUUUCACCCAGAGUAUGGAAGAUACAUGCUCGAAUCGACCCCCGGCUCUCCAUACACGGGCUCCAUCCCAGACUUGCUAUCUGUCGAGACAAACAUGCGCUACAGACGUACACUCGCGAGAAAGCACCUGAAAGCUAAUGAAAUCCCAUUCACCUUCACGUCUUUCCCUCGCCUGGGAACGCACGGCGUCUUCACAGAACCUCAUUUUUCGCCGGACGAUGCCAAGUCUAGUCACAGCCUAUUUUUGCCGGAGGAGAUCACGAACCCUCACGCACGUUUCCCUACCCUUACUGCAAAUAUCCGCAGUAGACGGAACUCCAAGGUAGCAAUCAACCUUCCCUUAUUCAUUGACGAAAAAACACCUCGGCCAUUUGUCGACCCCACUAUACCAUGGCAACGUUCGAUAUACCCAGAGGACCCAGAGGCGAAGAACGGUGCGGCAUUGAUCGAUCAUAUUUAUAUGGACGCAAUGGGCUUCGGAAUGGGAUGUUGCUGUUUGCAGCUCACUUUCCAGAGCUGCAAUGUAGAUGAAGCAAGGCGCAUGUAUGACGCUCUUAUCCCUGUUGGACCAAUAAUGCUUGCUUUGACAGCAGCUAGUCCCGCAUGGAGAGGUUACCUUGCUGAUGUCGAUUGCCGUUGGAACGUCAUCGCUGGCAGCGUCGAUGAUCGCACACCAGAAGAACGCGGUUUGAAACCCUCGACAGACAACCACGUAAUUCCUAAAUCCCGUUAUGACAGUGUUGACCUCUAUAUCUCGAACAAUUGGAUCAACAAGCCCGAAUAUAACGACGCACCUGUACCUUAUAAUGAGGGUAUCUUCAAACGUCUUCGUAGUGACGGCAUAGACGAGCUGCUUGCGAAGCAUAUAUCACAUUUAUUUAUUCGAGAUCCUCUCGUUAUUUUCUCGGAAACCAUUCAUCAGGAUGACAGUGCUAGCAAUGACCACUUCGAGAAUAUUCAAUCCACCAACUGGCAGACUCUUAGAUUCAAACCACCCCCACCAGACUCUCAGAUCGGCUGGCGUGUAGAGUUUCGUAGCAUGGAAGUGCAAAUGACAGACUUUGAGAAUGCUGCAUUUGCCGUCUUCAUUGUCCUUCUUUCCCGCGCCAUCCUAGCAUUCAACCUAAAUUUCUAUAUACCUAUUUCCAAGGUUGACCAGAAUAUGGAGCGUGCACAGAGGAGAGACGCGGCUCGUUUUGGCAAGUUUUAUUUCCGGAAGAGUGUUCUCCCUCCAGGGCAUAUCUCGCCUACCAUUAGUACCCCCUCGUCCUCUGGAUCAUCUUCGCCUAUAACUUCCGCGAAGGAGACAAAGCUUCGCAAUUGCUUCCCCCCUGUUCCUCGACCAUCGUGUGUGGAAGAUGGACCAAUCGACGAUGAAUAUGAGGAGAUGACUGUAGAAGAAAUUUUUGCCGGAAAGGGAUCAAAGUUCCCUGGUCUGCUUGGCCUCGUGGAGGCUUAUACCGACACCUUAGAUAUCGACGAGGGCGACAAACUACAAAUAAACAAAUACCUCGACCUUAUCCGUAGACGUGCAACAGGCUCCUUACAGACGCCAGCAACUUGGAUUCGUAAUUUCGUGCGCUCUCACCCAAGUUAUAAAUACGACUCUGUCGUGAGCCAGGAAAUCAACUACGAUCUCCUGGUUGCUGUGGACGAGAUUGAGCGUGGAGUGCGACGUGUCCCUGAGUUGUUACCAGAAGAUUACAUGCCGAGCAACGGGUACCAUUCCAAGCCUAGCAGUCGUUGAUAUGUGGUGUCUGUGACAUCUACAUUGUUCCUCUUGAUUUGUCGUCAAAGUCUUAGAUAUUAGAAGCUGUAACUUGUGUAUGAGUUGGAAUGUCACGUCACAUUUAUCGCAGUCA